GCAUAACUAGCCGGAUUUAAAUGUUCAGUGUAAGAUCAUUCACACUUAUAGAUAUAUAGGUACAACAACAAUAAUUGUUAAAAUUGAAGAACAAACAUCCCCAAUUGCAAUGAACGUUAUUAAAUCAACAGCUUAUAACAUUGACUGGUAAGAGCUCGUCCCAUCAGAAACAGCUAUAAGAAUACUUCGACUUGAAUUUCAAACAGAACUGAAAAUGGUUGAAAAUAUCCCUAGUUUAGAGGAGAUGAUCCAAUCUGCGACUGAAUUAUUCAGGAAAACUUAUAAGGUUGAACCUAGCGUUAUAGUACAGGCGCCUGGCAGGGUGAACCUAAUAGGUGAACAUAUAGACUAUAAUGAUGGCUUUGUAUUGCCAAUGGCGCUUCCACUUAGAACAGUUCUCGUUGGAAAACCCAUUUGUGGUUUCGAAGCAUCUAUGGUUUCUAUGGCCAGUGAAGCGGAUAGUGGAACUCACCCUUACAAUUUCAACAUUUCAAAAGAAGCCCUACAGGUCAGUGAACCGAAAUGGGCAAAUUACGUGAAAGGCGUCUUAGCCAACUACAAGGGAGGCUCCUUUCCCGCCUUCCAAGUGGCCAUUGUGAACAGUGUCCCAAUCGGUGGCGGACUUUCUAGCAGUGCAUCUCUUGAAGUUGCAACUUACCUGUUCUUAGAUGCAAUUUCAGGGGAAAAAAUCAAAGUUUCUAAGGUAGAAAAGGCUCUGGCUUGCCAGAAAGCUGAACACGACUUCGCUGGAAUGCCUUGCGGUAUCAUGGAUCAAUUUAUUUCGUUGCUAGCUGAGGAUUCAAAUGCCCUCCUGAUAGACUGCAGGGAUAUGACCUAUUUUUCAGUCCCGUUCGACGACCCUAACAUUGUUAUUUUAAUUACAAAUUCGAACGUGAAGCAUUCUCUCUCUGGAAGCGAAUACCCAACCAGAAGAAGGCAAUGCCAAGAAGCCGCCACAUUAUUAGGAAAAAGAAGUUUACGAGAAUGCACCAUCGAGGACGUCAAAAAAUUAUCGGCCUUAGGCGCCUCUGAAGAACAUAUCAAAAGAGCAAGACAUGGCGUGUCCGAAAUAAUACGUACCGAGCAAGCUGCCAAGUUGUUCGCUGAGAGAAGAUACGAAGAGGUCGGGAAAUUGAUGGUGGAGAGUCACAAUUCGCUUAGGGAUGAUUAUGACGUCUCUUGUCCCGAACUGAAUCAGUUAGUGGAGUUGGCCAUGAAGGUAGAGGGAGUUAUGGGCGCUAGAAUGACGGGAGGAGGAUUUGGAGGGUGUACGGUGACAAUGGUGAAAGCUUUUGCUGUGGAUAAGGUCAUAGAAAUGAUCAAAACGAAUUAUCACCUAAAUCCAAAAUUUUUCAUUUGCAAACCAAGUCAAGGUGCUAGUAUAAUAAAAGCAAUUAUUUGAAUAUUACCAAAAGAUUAUUAGAAGAAAAUAAUUGGAACACAAUAUUCAAAUAUCACGAAGAUUUCCAGAUGGCCCCCCCAACAAUUAAGACCCCAAAGAAAAAACUGUGUUUCAACUGGACAUAUAAUAUCAGAUUUAUUUUCAUGAUAGUUUUCAAGUACAAUGAGAGCGAUUUAUCAAAAAUAUUAAAAUAAAUAAAAUAAAAUUUGAAUUAUCAAACUCA